AACAUCCAGAAGGAGAGCACACUUCACCUUAUCCUCCGUCUCCGUGGUGGUAUACAGAUUUUCGUCAAGACUCUCACCGGCAAGACAAUCACCCUCAAGGUGGAAUCUUCCGACACCAUCGACAACGUCAAGUCCAAGAUUCAGGACAAAGAGGGCAUUCCUCCUGACCAGCAGCGCUUGAUCUUUGCUGGUAAGCAGCUGGAAGACGGUCACACCUUGAGCGACUACAACAUUCAGAAGAAGAGCACACAAUUCUUG